GAGGAGGCACGGCCAAGAAGGACGGCGGGACAAGAGUGUUGGCAUGCGGGGCCAUCUCGCGGCGCAUGGUGGCCAGGGCCGUGUGCACCGUCCGCUCCGACAGCAUCCAGAGGGCUGUCUCCGAGCUCCAGUACGGGGUUGGGGUCCCGUGCGGGCUCGAGACGCUGCACAAGAGCAUCUCCACUGAUGCAGAACAGUGCCCAGACUUGGCUUUUGUGUCCCUGGAUCUCAAGAGUGCGUUCACUCGCAUGCGUCGGAGGGAGGUGCUGCGCGGGGUGUGGGAGCGCUGCCCGGAGCCGGAGGGCCUGGUGGUGCAGUGGUACGGUCGUGCGACAGUGCAUUCAGCUGCGGGGGCCAGCGGGGUGUCCCACCUGGUGGAACAGCAGCAGGGCCUCGACCAAGGGUGCCCCCUCAGCCCGGCGCUCUUUAGCAUCGGCCUCGCUCUGGAGCUCUGCGCCCUGCGGGACUUCCUGCGCACCCUGGACCCUCGCUGCAAGGUGUGGGCCUACCUGGACGAUGCCUACCUGACAGUGCCGAAGGCGCACCUGCGCCGGGCACUGGAAGCCGCAAACGCUCUCUUCGCCGACUUGGGCCUCGAGCUGAAAACGAGCAAGACGAAGAUCUGGUGCCCAGACGGCCAGGUCGCUGCGCUGCCUGACGGGACAGGGGCGUGGGUUGUGGACGCACUGCCCUGCUUGGGUAGCACUGUGACCUUCGUGAGGGCCCAGCACGACGCGGACGACGAGGAGAGGAGGGACACGCUCGCAGAGGUUUUCGGCGAGACCUCCCCAGCCACCUCGGCCGCGCGGCUUGCCGACUACGGAGAGGCGCUCGCCAAGCUGGAAGCGGUCGAGCGCUUGGCCGGCCCGGGCCUCACUGAAGACGGCCGCGCGGUCCUCUUCCUUCCCGGGAAGGCAGCGGGGGCCGGCUUCGGGUCCGCGGAGCGCCUCGCCGACGCGGCCUGGCUGGGCUCCUGGCGCGCCGUGCAGGACGCGGUGCGGGCGCGACAGGAGAAGCCAACCUUGGCGGAGGCAGAGGCCGCGACGCCGAGGCUGACGGCCGCUGCGGCAGAGGCGAGG